AUGCCCGCCGUCUAUAAGAUGCUCACGAUGGACCUCAUCGAUGUUGACGAGGCAGUCUCAAGCCUAUCGGUCAACACAACAGCCUCUCUGAUACAGCCCUUCAUGUAUAUCCUGUCUUCUGCUUUCCUCCUCGGCUCCCUCGCUCUUCAGAGCGUCUUGGGUAGACCGGCGGAUAAGAUCCAAGUGAGGCAAUCUGGCGUCGAGGACUUCAUAAAGUCCGAGAGCCCGAUUGCCAUCGAGCAGCUUCUGUGCAACAUUGGUUCGGAAGGGUGCCACGCCAAGAAUGUUCCCGCUGGCAUCGUCAUUGCUUCCCCAGACACCCAAGAUCCUGACUACUUUUAUACCUGGACUCGAGAUGCUGCUCUUGUCUUCAAGUAUAUUGUCGACAGGUUUGUGCACCAGUACGACGCUGGGCUCCAGAAGCGCAUCCAGGAGUACAUUGCCUCUCAAGCCAAGCUUCAGGGCGUCUCCAACCCUUCUGGAUCCCUCUCGGAUGGCUCUGGCCUUGGUGAAGCCAAGUUCUAUGUCAACCUGAGCCCCUACACUGGUGGCUGGGGUCGACCUCAACGUGAUGGUCCCGCCCUUCGAGCUACCGCCAUGAUCACCUAUGCCAACUGGCUGAUCUCCAACGGCUACACCUCUACGGCUAAUGACAUUGUAUGGCCCGUUAUUCGCAACGAUCUCAACUAUGUUGCUCAGUAUUGGACCCAAACUGGCUUUGACUUGUGGGAGGAGGUCAGGGGCAGCUCAUUCUUCACGACUGCUGCUCAAUAUCGAGCUCUCGUCGAAGGCAGUGCUCUUGCCAAGGCUCUUGGUAAGUCUAGCGACAGCUAUUCUUCCAUCGCGCCCCAAACACUCUGCUUCUUGCAGACCUACUGGGUCUCGAAUGGCAAAUAUGUCGACUCAAACAUCAACGUGAAUGAUGGCCGCACCGGCAAGGACGCUAACAGCAUCCUCGCAUCUAUCCACAACUUCGACCCCAGCAUUGGCUGUGAUGCGGCAACAUUCCAACCCUGCAGUGACAAGGCCCUCGCCAACCACAAGGCAGUCACCGACUCUUUCCGUUCCUACAACAUCAACAAGGGCAUCGCACAGGGAACUGCUCUGGCGAUUGGAAGAUACAUCGAAGAUGUCUACUACAACGGCAACCCCUGGUACCUCACCACACUCGCCGCGGCUGAGCAGCUGUACGAUGCUGUCUACGUCUGGAAGCAGAAGGGAUCCAUCACUGUGACUGAUACAUCUCUGUCGUUCUUCAAGGACCUGGUGUCAAGUGUUUCUACUGGCACAUAUGCCAGCGACUCGGCUACUUUCAAGCAGAUUAUCGACGCCGUCUCGACCUACGCCGACGGAUACGUCAGCAUUGUUGCCAAGUACGUGGGUCCAAACGGCGCCCUGGCUGAGCAGUUCUCCAAGAACGAUGGCACGCCCAUGUCCGCUGAUGAUCUGACGUGGUCAUAUGCUGCUUUCCUCUCGGCCACUGAACGCCGAGCCGGCAUUGUUCCUCCAACUUGGGCAAACGGUGCUCCUUCGGUUCCCAAUAGCUGUGGAUCGAGCACAGUCGCUGGAUCAUACACGUCGGCCACGGCGACUUCGUUCCCUCCUUCGCAAACCCCCAAGGACGGCGUGCCAACUCCCACGGGGCCAACUCCUACGGACGGGGGACCAACCACCUCCCCAACAAGCUGCGCCAUCGCCACAUCCGUCGACGUCACCUUUGAGGAGGUGGUCACGACCGAGUAUGGCGACACCAUCAAGAUUGUCGGCAGCAUCGACGCCCUGGGCAGCUGGGACACCAAGAAGGCCAUCUCCCUGAGCGCCUCCGAGUACACGGCGUCGAACCCCCUGUGGAAGGUGACGAUCCCCCUCAAGGCCGGCCAGGCUUUCGAGUACAAGUACAUCAACAUCAAGAAGGAUGGCUCGCUGGUGUGGGAGCGUGACCCGAACCGCUCUUACACUGUUCCCAAGACUUGUGCCACCAAGGCCACCAAGUCGGAUAAGUGGCAAGGAUAA